AUGAUUGCCAAAUCACAAAGUGAGGAGGAUCAUUUGAACCAUUUGUUGAAACUAUUUGAGCGCCUCAGAAAAUUCAGAUUGCGUCUGAAUCCAGCUAAAUGUACAUUUGGGGUCCGACCGGGGAAGUUACUUGGUUUCAUUAUUAGUCAACAAAGAAUUAAAGUAGAUCCAGACAAGGUCAGCGCAAUACAAGAAAUUCCGGAUCCACAAACUGAAAAGAAAGUUAGAGGUUUUCUUGGAAGAUUGAACUACAUUUCCAGGUUUAUUUCCAACAUGACUACUACAUGUGAGCCUAUAUUGAAAUUGCUCCUAAAGAAUCAAGCAAUUGAAUGGAAUUCUGAUUGUCAGCAAGCUUUUGAGAAGAUUAAAGGUUAUCUUCAAGAACCUCCUAUCUCUAUUCCACCCAUUCCAGGGACACCUCUCUUCAUGUAUUUGACUGUGCUCGAAGGAUCCAUGGGUUGUUACAUAACCCAGAAAUCUAUCAAAGGAAGUGUUUUGUAUGAAUACCUCGCUAAUCAUCCUGUUGAAGACUAUGAGCCAUUGAAGUUUGAUUUCCCAGAUGAAGAUAUUAUGUUGGUAAAAGAUUGUGAAACUCCAAGCCCAAAUGAAGGUCUCGAGCCAGGUUCCUGUUGGAAGAUGAUGUUUGAUGGUUCCUCCAAUUGCAUGGGGCAUGGUGUGGGAGAUGUGUUGAUGAAUCCCAAUGGUGGGUAUACUCCUUUCAUAGCAAGAUUGUGUUUUGAAUGUACCAACAACAUUGCAGAGUAUGAAGCAUGUAUCUUGGGUAUUAAAGCUGCAAUUGACACCCGAGUCAAGAUCCUUGAAGUAUAUGGAGACUCAACCUUGGUGAUCUACCAAGUCAAAGGAGAAUGGGAAACUCGUGAUGAGAAGUUAAUCCCAUAUCGUGCCCACAUUGUGGAAUUGAUAAACUACUUUGAUGAAAUCACCUUCCAUCAUGUUCCAAGAGCAGAAAAUCAGAUAGCAGAUGCUUUGGCUAUGUUAGCCUCUAUGUUCCAAGUCAGAUUUCUCAAUGAGGCACCACUCAUCAUAAUUGAGAGGAAAAUUGCACCAACCUAUUGUCUAUUGGUUGAAGAAGAAAUUGACGAGAAACCGUGGUUUUAUGAUAUCAAGAACUACUUACAAAAUCAAGAAUACCCAGUGAAUGCAACAACCCUAGAUAAGAAGACUCUAAGGAGGUUGGCAUCCAAAUUCUUCCUUAGCAACGAGGUUCUAUAUAAAAGAAACUAUGACAUGGUUCUACUCAGACCUGUUGAUCAAAGAGAUUCAUGA